AUGGCAAACCGCUUUUCAUCACCAUGCCCAACCUCCCAUGACACCCCUGGUCAGUCGGGGCUCUUCGCUAGCCCGUCUGGGUCCGCAAUUCCACGACGAAAAUCGCUUCCGCACCUUCGAACGAAGAGAAAGAGCAUAUCCAGCACCAACCCGCAGAGCCCUCUCAACCCUACCAGUCCUUACCUGUCACGGAAGAGUCGAAUCCCCGUCAGAGAGUCUCCGAAGAAAAUGAGCAACAACGAUCACAGUGACGAUGAAGUUGACCUUAGCGAAUACACCUUUGACCUAAACAAACUUCCCGGUGAGCUGGUUAGUAUUGGAAAGGAGGAUGGUGAAAAGAAACAAAAGAAACAGGAUGCUAGGGAAAACCCAUCCUCUGAUAUCGAGGGUCCUGAGGAUUUCACCCUGAACAUGGUCGAACUCCUGAAGAACGUUGACCUGGAGGACACGCAACGAACUCAGGUGCAGGUUAAAGGGGAAGGAGGUAAAGAAAAGGUGAAUGCCAGUAAAGAAAAUAAAGGAGAAGCAGUGGGUGAGCAAGAUGAUAGACACGACCCCGAGGGCCCAACGAGAGCUACAGGAUUACCAGAUUAUACCCAACUCGAGCACACUAUGGAAACCUCUACGCCUGCACAUUUCCUCUGGAGGGACGUAAAUGAGUCUUUACAAAACACAUCGGUAUCGAAGCGUCAGUCCAGUCCACCUGAAAAAGUCGACAAAACAGAUGAUGUGCAGGAAAACUCGGUUAUUUAUACUCCUGGCCGAAAAUCUGCUCCAACAACUCCAACAAUAGACCUGUCUAGGAUGGACGACACAAUGAAUAGCCAGGGAGACCAGACAUUGUGUGCUGCCCAGCAGAUCUGUCAGCUUGAGCUAGACCUCGAGGCUAAAACACGACGCAUUCGGGAGAUGGAAGCGAAGCUGACAGCGGAAGCCUCUUUACGCAAGGAGAUAAAUGAGCUGAAACAACAGCUGCAGAGGCGUGAUGAAAUUACUCAGCUGACUGAUGCGGAGCUUAAUGAGUUACGAAAAACCAAAUCGCAGCUGGAACAAGCGCGAAGUGACAUUACCAACCUGACCUCAAAGGAGUCUACCCUUAGGGGUAAUUUGAAGGAGAAAACUAAGCAGCUGAAAGAUGCAGAAAAGAAGCUGGAAGAAACUCGCUUAGCUCAUAAACGCCACUCCGAGGAGAUAGGCGCAGAACUGAAGCAAACAAAACAAGAGUGUGAGAAGAAGCUGGGUGGAGUUUACAGUCUGAAGUAUCAGUUGACAUCCGUCACCAGAGAACGAGACUCGAUAAAGAAGACCUCGGAGGAUCUCGAAAACACUGUACGAAAAUUAAAAGCACAGGUGGAAACAGCAGAGUCACAAAAGGCCGAAGAAGCCGCAGAGAGUUUGGCAAGGCUCAGGGAAGUUCAGAAAUUUGCAGGAGAGCUGGCCCUCCCUGCACUCGGAAAGCCGUUCUUUGAAAUCGUCACUCUUUUACGAGAGCAUGUUAAGAAUCUCAGCGAGAAGACUUUGGAAGAACAGAAGCAGCGCUCAAAAGAGUCUGAAGACGCCCAAAAAGAAUUACAGAAGCUGCUCAAGAAGGCUAACGGGGCAGCACGGCUUGAGGCUCGCAAGGCCGAAUUAUAUCGUGACCGUCUCACUGAGACUUCUUCUAAGAUAGAGUCGGUGAAAAGCGAAAACACGGAGCUCCUCGAGAGAAUCGCUGUUCUUACAUGUGAUAAUGCAAAACUUAAAAAGAAAGCAACAGAGACCACUCAGGAGCAUGACCAAGCUCUCGACGCUCUGCGGAAACUUCGAGCUGAAGCUGAGGAGUCACACAAGUCACAGAUUGCGAAGCUUAAAUCAUCCCACUCUGAGCAGCUGGCCAAAUACCGAAACAACACACAAGGCCCGAGUAGCGAGUUACAGGCCCGUUUGGCUGCCUCAAAAAACAGGGAAAGCGUCCUUACGGCAGAGCUCAAGGCAGAACAGGAAGCCAGAGAGAGGCUUGAGGAAGAUAUGACACGGAUGGAAGCUGAAAUAGCACAUCACCAUAUGACACAGAAGAGACUUGAGGCAAUCAUCAAGGCCAAUACCUCCGCGGCGAAGAAAAUAGAUGGCAAGAUUGUCGAAAUCAUGCGCGAGAGAGAAGAUGUUUGGAAAUCCCGCGUCGACGAGCUCACCAGGGACAACGAGAAGUUAGGCAAGGUGUUAAUGACCAUGUGGGGCAAGCAGGAAGUUGGAGACCACAUCAAGUUGAAGAAAAAUGAAAACGGGGAUAAGCAGGGGUAUAAGUAUAAGUAUGCUAGAAAGGUUCAGGACAUUGAGAUUGGGGAGAUUUGGAAUACCCUUUUGGGAGAACCGGCCAGCUGA